UGUGGUGGUGGGCAUAUUGGUAGACACUUGUGGAAGAGAUGAGACAUUCUAGCAACCCAUUUUGUUGUUCUUCUUCUUCUUCAUUUUUGGUUCUCUUGCUUGUGAUUAUACCUUUCUUUCUUCUUCUUUUUGGUUUCUUCUCUUUCUCUUCUCCACCUUUCUCCAAGCAAAUCACUUCUGGGUUGCUUGAAGCAGCAGCAGCAGCAGCUCCCUUAUCUGCUCCAUUUACUUCUUAUUCACAACACAAUGAAGGGUCUGAAGCACCAACAUCUGCUUUUAAUAUUUCUGCAGAAGCUCCUGCUCCACUUGGUUCUGCAAAGCCCAGAGAAGCAUCACCUCCCCUCAUUCAUGAAGGGUUUAAUGAAGGAUUUGAGACUUCUAAGGGAAGCAGCAGGUUGAAGAGAAUUGAAGCGAGUUUGGGUAAGGCCAGGUUUUAUAUAAGAGAAGCUGGUGAAGUGAGAAAUUUCACAACAACUAGUGAAGAUCCAGAAGAAUAUGUUCCUCAGGGACCAAUAUAUAAGAAUCCCAAUGCUUUCCACAGGAGUUAUGUAGAGAUGGAGAGGCUGAUGAAGGUUUAUGUGUACGAGGAAGGAGAAGCCCCAUUGUUUCAUGAUGGACCAUGCAAGAGCAUAUACUCCACGGAGGGAAAGUUCAUCAGUGAAAUGGAGAAGGGAGGAAUUUAUCGCACAAGAAAUCCCGAAGAUGCCCUCGUCUUCUUCCUCCCAUUCAGUGUGGUCUCCAUGGUUCACCACCUCUACGAGCCCGACUCCUAUGACGUUCAUCCCAUUCGACGUGUUGUGGUCGAUUACAUUGAUGCCAUCGCACGUAGACAUCCUUUUUGGAAUCGAAGUCUUGGGGCUGAUCAUUUCAUGCUCUCUUGCCAUGAUUGGGGGCCGAGGGUGUCAUCCUUUGUUCCACAUUUAUUCCACAGGUCCAUAAGAGUUCUGUGCAAUGCAAAUACUUCUGAAGGAUUCAAUCCUUCCAAGGAUGCAUCCCUGCCGGAAAUUAAUCUUCUGACAGGCAAAACCACAGGGUUGGUUGGCGGUCUAUCGCCUUCUCGCCGAUCUGUUCUUGCUUUCUUUGCUGGCCGUUUACACGGCCACAUUAGGUACCUACUUCUAGAGCAAUGGAAAAACAAAGACCAAGAUGUGCAGGUUUAUGAUCAACUUCCUCCUAAAGUAUCUUAUUACUCAAUGUUGAGGAAGAGCAGGUUCUGCUUGUGCCCUAGUGGGUAUGAAGUAGCAAGUCCAAGAGUUGUGGAGGCAAUCUAUGCUGAGUGUGUGCCUGUGUUGAUUUCUGCUGGCUAUGUGCCGCCUUUUAGCGACGUUCUAAACUGGAAGGCAUUUUCUGUGCAAGUAGAUGUGAAGGACAUACCAAAUAUCAAAACAAUUUUGAUGGGUAUAUCUCAAAGACAGUACUUGAGGCUGUACAGGAGAGUAAAACAAGUUCAAAGACAUUUUCUGGUGAAUGCACCUCCUAAGAGAUUCGAUGUUUUCCACAUGACUCUUCAUUCUAUUUGGCUCAGAAGAUUGAACAUCCAAAUUCAAGACCAAUAAUCAUUGGAUUGGUCUCCCCAGGCAGCAAGGAAAGUAGAAAAGAUUUUGAGAAAUUUUCUGAACAAGAGAUAACCAGAGAUGCAGAAAGUAAGAAUUAACAGAUGAUUGCAAUUCUUUUAUUUGAUUAAACAAGUUCAAUAAUUGUGCAGUUGUU